GACUUGGCGUUGGCGAAUGCAGAAUGUUCCCUUGUAAUAAGGCAGACUGCGAAUGCGUAUUAUGAAUUUAAUAGAAGUGUUGCAGACUAACAAAGAUGAGAUGUCGGUAAGACUAGGGCUAGUGUAAUUAAUUAGUUAUAUUAACGGCUGUUUUGUUGUAAAUUACCGGUAAAAGGGUAUCUUUGCGUAACACCGUUUUUUUGUUUGUUUAAAAAUACCACAGGAGAUAUUAUAAAUUGUAUGAUUAGAGUAAAUGGAGGAAAAAUCAAGGUCCGUCUCUGUAGCGGCCUGGAAGUUUUGGCCAAACAGAUUAAAGGACAGUUUUACGUUCGGUUUCAACGAAGAUAAUACCGAAGUCGUACAUGCAGCAUGCAUUGUAUGCAAAAAACAUUGUGACAGAAUACAGCGCGGCUAUGGAGGCAAAGUUGUUAAUGAUGUGACGACUUACGGGGAGAAUGGCACCAUAUGGAUUUUAAGAUAUAAUUUAGAACGACACCUCAAUUCCGAGGGCCACUUAAAGUGUGUCGAAAUUGAGAAUGGGAAGCUCCCGACGCAAACAAGUAUCGCUCGCUUAUGGGGCUGCCAAAAACAGAGGGCGAAGAACGCCAUAAAACCUCUUGUUCGUACUGCACUGUAUGUCUCUAGAAAGGAACUGCCUUUCAAUGCGUUUGCGGACUUAUUACAACUGUGCGCAGACAAUGGCGGCAAAAUAACCACGUCAUAUGGUAACAGAGAAGGUUGUAAAGCCUUUAUACAUAUUCUCGCGGAGGAGAUAUUGUCCUCAAUAAGAAAUGAAGUGCACAAAAAAGUAAAUUUUUUUAGCUGGAUGGUGGAUGGGUCAACAGUCGUCAAGCGCAAGUUAUCGUACGAGUCGGAACUAAUUUACAUAAGAAUAGCGCACGAAUGCAAACCAGCUGUACACGAAAUUGACUUGAUUUCAAUCAAGGAAUAUGUGCGAGUGGACGCUAACAAUUUGUACCACGCUACAUUGCGCUCUCUGUUGAGUUUCCUGAUUCCCGAUAUAACAACAAAUUGUGAGACACCCAUUGAAAAUCUUGUGGAACUUAUUAAGCCUUUUUCUUCAAAAAUUAUCGGGGCCGGCGCCGAUGGCGCUGCUGUUAACUUUGGGCGUAAAACGGGUUUACUUAAAAAAUGGGAGGACGUGUGCCCUGGUCGGCUAAUCAAAGUACAUUGCUAUUCACAUCGAAUUGAACUAGCAUCGAAAGACGCAUUGACCCCCCAUUUCAAACAAGUUAUUGACUUCCUUAUUGACAUAUAUUAUCAUUUUCGGAAUAGCCCUAAAGAAUGGGCCGCCGUAUGUAAUGCGGCAGAAAAGUUGCAGACCGCGGUUGUUAGUGUACCAAAGUCGCAAGGCACAAGAUUUGUGGCACACACACUCAACGCACUCCAUGCGCUAAAAACAAAUUGGAUUGUUUACAUACAUCAUUUCACUAACCAGAGGGAGGCUGAGUCAGAUAUGAAGGCUGAGAAAUUUCUUGUUAAUCUUCACAGCUUCAAGUUCUAUAUCCUAUGUCGCCAAUACGAGGAUAUCGUAAAUUGGGUAUCUGCCACGUCAAUCGCAAUACAAUCAGAUCAUGACGGGUCAUCCAUUAUUGACGCUACCAAGCAGAUAAAACGGUUGAAAAUGAAAUUAACUUCUAUGGAACUUCGCGGCGGUCCUGCAGAGCGAGAAGCGCUCGAUGCUUAUGACAGGGGCGACCUAAAUUGCACUCCGCUUCCGUUCCGUUUUACCAGACACGAAGAUGGUGGACAAACGAAGGCAAUACGCAUUACUUGUAAAAGGCGUGAAACACCGACCGGCAGACUCCUGGAACACGAGGAAAGCGUGGUUUUUCAUUCUGCAGAGGAAACCAUCAUCCAGAGAUCCCAAACAACAAGAUCGCAAUGCAUAAGAAAUCUGCGUGAUUGCCUGGACGAGCGAUUUACAGAAAUAGAAGAACAAGAAAACAUUUUGAGUAAGUUAUCAUGGCUGAACCCUGAAAUCUUGAUGUCGGAUGGCGGGAUUAAUGCGUCCGUCCCUGAAUAUGGCAAUCAAGAUCUUUCACAAGUCUUUGAGUACUUCAAAGUACCUCUACACGCAGCUGGGUGCGAGAAGGGUGCAUGCUUGAAAGAAUGGGAUGAUUUGAAGUAUGACGUCCAGGGAAAUGAGGUUUACAAAGAUUUGAGCACUACCGACUUUUGGCACAAGUUGCACCAGCGAAAGAAGGAGGCGUAUAAAAAUUUGUUGAUCGUUGUCGAGUUAGUGCUUUGCUUACCAUUCUCAAAUGCUGUUGUCGAAAGAGGGUUCAGUUGUUUACGGCGAAUUAUCACUGAUUGGCGAUCACAUCUCGGACACAAUAUGAUAAAAGAUCUUCUAUUAAUUGCCACGCGAAAAGAACAGUUCGAAGACGGGGCCAUUCGAGAAAAUCUGGUCAACAAGGCUUCCGCCCGAUUUAUGGGAAGCGAUGGGACGUCUGAACGAGGUCUCGUGAAACGACGUAUAAAUUCAAUUUUAGGGGGGUUGGAAACGGCAAAGCCCAGCUUGGUACAGCCUCAACUAAUAAACAUCGACGAUAGCUCGUCGGAAGAAGACUAAAACUGUGAUAUGUGAACCUGAAAGCGUCUCACGCAUUUCUUUGUUCGUCGACACAAUUUCUAACCUUUCUGAUUAGCGUUUAAUAUUCAAUUUCGUUCUUUCUGUGCGAUGUUUAUUUUGCAUGAACUCAUCUGCUACAUGCGAACUUAUUUUAUAGAUUUCAGUUUGUACGGCAAAUGUCAGACUGCAUGAAUGGUUUUGUUUAUUAAAAAAAAAAAAA